AGCCGCGCAGUGGUCGUGAUUUCAUCCGUGGAGACAGACAUGGUGACACGUGGAGAUUUGUGUCGGAGAGGAUCCACCACCAGCCACCCCGUGGGUUGAAGCGUCUGCGCCCCGGGACGGAUGGGUCCUCUCUCCCGGCCCGGGACCCGGCGAUGCGCCCGCUAGAGGAAGCGGGGUUUGCGCAGACAUCCGGGGGAAAAAAAAACGCAUCCAUGCGCCACGGCCGCUCCGCAUCCCGAUAAUAUGCCCCUGACAACAAAAAGCUCCCGCAGGAAAAUACCCACGCACAUCGGCAUGGGUGCGUCGUCACAGUUAUUGUUACACUUUUUGCGGAUGGGACUUUGGAGCGCACUUUUGCAAAGAAACAGUGAGGGAUUAUCAAGUAGACUUUAUUGAUACAUAAUCAGACAAUAUGGCUGAUCAGAGCAACAUUCAGUCCGCCGCCUCCAAGAGUAUCCGGCCCUUUAAAUCCAGCGAGGAGUACCUGUACGCCAUGAAGGAGGAUCUGGCUGAAUGGCUGAACACCUUGUACGAGCUGGACAUCAGCGCGGACACCUUCAUGGACGGGCUGGAGACGGGCUGCGCGCUGUGCAGGCACGCCAACAACGUGAACCGAGCCGCGCACGACUUCCAGCUCACGCACCCGGACGCAGCGCGGUCCAUGAAGGUGCCGUCCAAGGAUGUGGGCUUCCAGUCGCGCAGCGUCGCCUCCGGCUCCUUCGUGGCCAGAGACAACGUCUCCAACUUCAUCGCGUGGUGCCGGCAGGAGCUGUGGAUCAAGGACGUGCUCAUGUUCGAGACCAACGACCUGGUGGAGAAGUGCAACGAGAAGAAUUUCAUCCUGUGUCUGCUCGAGGUGGCCCGGCGGGGGUCCAAGUUUGGCAUGCUGGCCCCCAUGCUGAUCCAGCUGGAGGAGGAGAUAGAAGAGGAGAUCCGGGAUCAGGAGAGCCAGCGGGAGGAUGAUGGAGCAGGAGGGGAUCCGGCCGAGCAGAGCUCACCCUUGAGCAGCAGGCGGUACGGUCGCAAGGAGAGCUGUCACAGUGUGAAGGACGAGGAGGAACCUGAACCAGAGCCGUUCAUCUGGCCGCAGAAGAGAGUUUUAUGUGACAUGCGAAAUUUGGACGAGCUGGUGCGUGAGAUUCUGGGCCAGUGCUCCUGUCCAGCUCAGUUUCCUAUGAUCAAGGUGUCGGAGGGGAAGUACAAAGUAGGAGACUCCAGUGCGCUGAUUUUCAUCAGGGUCCUCCGUACUCAUGUGAUGGUGCGUGUUGGAGGGGGCUGGGACACAUUAGAGCACUAUUUGGAUAAACACGACCCAUGCCGUUGUGCUGCUUUCGCUCACCGCUACCACCAGGCCAAAGCUAGUGGUCAAGGUCAGGGAGGACAGAGCAAGUCCUCCAGCGCCCACUCCUCUCGCUCCACCAGUCCAGGCCCACACUGGCGUAACGAGGGCAUUGCACCCUAUAAAACUCCUGACAGACGCUCCUUGGAACCACUUGCUGUUCCAAAUGCCUCCUCCUCUUCCUCCUCCUCCUCCACCACACGAGCAGGUCGAUGUCAAAACUCUUCUGUCGCAACAGAGCUGGACUGUAGCGCAGCACGUCCUCUGCUGCCAAGGCCUCCACGGGACCGCUCAGAACCCCGCCACUUUAAUCCUCUCAGGAAUAAGGAGACAAUGAUGCCUGUGACAAGACGUCUCUCUGGAGACAGUGACUCCUCUACAGCCUCCUCAAAGGGAGGGGGAGGGGGGAGGCCCUCUGUUGGCGGUGGUGCUCGGCGCUCUGGUGAAGAAGUGGUACUGAUGGUCAACCGCAAGGAAGGGAAGCAUAUGAUUGAGAGGACAGGAACUGGAAAUCAGAACCCAUCCCUCCGCCGGGUAAUUCCACGUGCACGCAGCCAAUCACGGGAACGUGCUUCACUUGCGCCAAUACUCAAACCCAAUCCACCGCCAGGGUCAUCUGAUGGAGCACGGACGUCUCGCACCGAGAGGGGACGCUCCCUUGGAAAUGAGGGCCAAAGGAGGCACCAUGUUCCACGUUCCCACAGCCAGAGUAAGAUAUCUAGUCGUACUUGGUCAAAUGAUGGCAGCCCCGGACCUGCUUCCUCAUAUAGAGAUCCCCAACCUUCAGAGGAACUUCGGGCCAAACAAAUGCUCCCAACCUCCUCCAGGGUGGGCGUUGGUUUUACGAAGAGGCAGUCAUCCUCGUGCUCCAACUCUCCUAUUAAAGGAGGCCAGAGCAACAACAACACCCCCUGCAAGAAACCCAUAAACACUCCCAGACCUCCUGCUCCGCGCUCGCCAUCUUUAAGCAAAGGCAGACUACUACCACCUGUCACCCAAGGAGGCCGCCGCUCAUCAUCUCCUCGCAUCCCCUAUCAUCAGGGCACCCGUUCCCCUCGACCCUCUCAGACUCCCCGCUCUGCAGGGCGAGGCUGCCACAGGAACUGGUCCGGCAUGGAGCAUCAAGAGCUCCAAGAGGAGGGACCUGGCUUUAAUUUCCAAAUGCUGCCAACGUUAGAUCCCCAGAAGGAGCAGGACUUGUAUCGUAGCUUUGAGGCUGAGUUUCUGGCAAAUACACAGCAGGCCAGUGGAGUUUCUGCUUGUAAGUCUCCAGGAGAAACAACCGUGCAGGUAGCAGGGAUACAUUCGGUACCUGCACUCAAUGACCCUCAUGUCACUGACUCUGCUUACUCUUCUUCAAACUCUUCCAUCGCAUCCCUGAAUGUGGGUGCAAAGACUGGAGCCCUGCCUGAACUCAAGGAAUCCAGGAGGACUAACCCAAAUCACCUUCCAUUGGAAGACCCUUUAUAUUUGCUUUACAGACACAAUUUUGGGGGACCAAAUGGUUUUGGUCAAGGAGAGCCUGAACAUUGGGGGGAGCAUAGAGGGGGUCUCAAGAAGCUCCCAGCCAUCUCAAGCUCAUUGGAGGAGAGGGAAACUUCAUCUUCUAUGCCUGGCCUUGCGAAGACAGAGCCACACAGGCUGAUGAAUCAUAUUCCCUCACAACCUUCUUUAAACUGUAGAAUGAAUGGGGAACAUGGCGAUUGUCCUCCUACAAAAGAACUCACAAGUCAAGAGGGUCAGCUUGGUUGGGGCUUGCAGACUGAAGGAGAUAUACCCUUAGAUAAUCACCAGCCAAACUUACCUUAUGACCUAGAAAAUUGUGACCAGAAUGUUGACUUACAUACCCCAGACGUUUGCCAAUCACCCGUGCCCCUCCCGCCCUCUGAGGACUGCUCCUUCCAAGAUUCUUCGAGUGAACACUCUUCCAUGUGUUUGAGUGAAUCCCGUUCUGGGUCUCCACCAGCAUCAUCACCAAUAACCAAUGGAGAAACUGGGCAGAAGAAGGCAAGCAAGCUAAAUUCAAUCUCUAAACACAAAUCAGGAGCGAGGUUGAGGCCUCGCACCGACAACGGGCCACAAAACAGCCCUUCACGUAUCCCCACCCCAGUCAGCUACAGAGAUCUCCGUGCUCAUGAAACUCUAUCGCCCUGCCACACACCACCACUGUCCCCUAAGAGCUCCCAUCGUGCUGGUCGUCCAGCCACAUGCAAGAGCCUACACCAGGCCUACACGGACAUGAUCCAUCCUCAGUCCUGCUCCCCAGCCAUGGGCAACAAAGACUGCUCCUACCCUGCACACUCUGGCAGCCUGGACACUGAAGCUUGGAUGUAGCAACACCGAUGGACACAGGAGAUUGUUGUCAUGAACUUUGACUACUGUAUAAAAUGACUUUUUGCUAAGACUGUUUCCAUUGCAUGUCAAAUACAUUUUUUAUUUAAUUUUUUUUCUCCAUUUUUCAUUUAGAAUAACCACAGGAUGUUCACGUUGCUUUUUUGCACUCAAGCCAAAUUAUUUAUUUACCAAAGGAAUGGGCUUUAUCUUGAUUAUGAUUUUUAUGUCUGCAUGGGGAUGCUUUUGCCAAUCAUAUAUUUUUGUUCUGUGUUGUUUUAACAAGACACGUCUGACAUUUUCACAGUUAAUACACAGAGACAUAGAGAGCGCAUAUGUGGUGCCAUGUGCCCCGCCAAGGGGCAUGGUGAAGUGCCAGGUAUUUGAAGCUUCAGCACUAUAAACAGUGCAAACACUAAACCUUUUAGUCAGAUGGAUUAGCUCCCUCGUGUGGUUUAUGAUGCCCUCUCUGCUUGCCUUUAUAGUCAAAAUACUGGUAUGACAACUGUUGGUCUAUCUACAUCCGUAGUCUUCAUAUGUGACUAAGUAUAUUCCUAUUGACAGUAUAAUAAUAGAUAGCAUAGACGUUCCUAUGACUUUAUGAUCACUAUACACACUACCAGUUUCUGUACAGUUCCAUCCGUCUAUUAACUUCUGCUUAUCUGGGCGUAGCAGGGGCAGCAACCUAAGCAGAGGGCCGGACCUCACACUCCCUGGGCACAUACUCCAGGAGAAUAUCGUGGCGUUCCCAGGCCAGCCACAAGAUAUCAUCUCUCCUGCAUGUCCUGGGUGUGACUCGAGGCCUCCUCUCAGUUGGACAUGCCUGAAACACCUCCCUUGGGAGGCGUCCUAGGGCGUUCUCCACAGUUGUCUGAUUGGUAUUACUAUGUAAGGCUUCACACACAGUUGAUGUACAUAGUCAAGAUAAAUUAUAUUUGCUUUUGAAUGGUUAGUUCAUCACAUGUUUUCAAGGUUAUGUUUAAUGCAGUAAAAUAUUUUCAUUUCUACUUAUCAAUGUAAAAUACAAAGCGCAUUGAAGGCUGUGCUAUUUCGUGUCAUUGUCACUGAAACUGAAGACUUGAGAGCUCUUCCUCUGACCAAAGUGUGCUCUGGAGUUCAUUUCUUAAUAUAAAUGAGCAUUAAGGGUCACACGCUGAGGAAAAAGAAUGUGUAAAUACAUGCUGAUUUACUCACCUAAAAAUGUGAGUCUUUUGUAUAUACAAUACAAGGCAUGGAUUAUACACUUUAUUGUACAUAUUUGCUGUAUUAAGGUCAGAGCUGCCUUAGCUAUGCAAUACUGGUGUUUGAAAUGCCUUGACAAUUCCCUUUGCCUUAAAAGUUUACUCACAGAUUCGUUUUUGAAGGUUUCUUUUUUGCUUCAGUGUGGUAACACUACAUUGCCAUUAACUGUUUAUGAUUAUUGGAACUUCAAGGGAUCGAGUGUGAAUGUGGAAAAGAGUGAAGAGCUUUGCCAAUUUUAACCAUAAUUAUAAAUAAAGCAUCCCUCUAGUAGUUGGUCUAAAGCUACAAGACAAAGACGACACAAUCUUAUAGCGGCAUCUAGUGGCCAAAAGAGAUGUAUUUGAUGUUAAAGGAUGUUUUUUUUUUUACACUGUUCCCUUUUCUCCUUAUGUUAAGACUGACAUGCCCUGGUGUUGAUUGGAGCCAAUGGGGUUUAAAUAAGCAGGAGGGAAAGAAAGAAUGACUAUAACUUGAGUGAGUAAGUGUGUCUGAAAGUGUAUGAAUAAUAGAUACCGUAACUGGAUAUUACUGAUCUCUUGUGGAGCUUCUUGCUAUCAGUAUGAGAGCCCAAGCUCAAACUACACAGCUAACAGAGCUCUUUUUGGUAUUUGACAGUUGUGGACUGUGAUGCGUAUGUUAGAAAGUUGAAAAGUUGGAAUUGUGGUACACAGAAAUUUCACUGAAAUGUAAUACACCUUGCUUAGAAAGAUGGUAAACGUUCUUUUUUUUAAUGUUGGAAAAAUACAAACGUUUUUUGCAGGAUAUUAACAGUGAAUGGGUGAAAGUGAAAGUAUGCAGAAUGUGUAUAUCUUUGUGUACAUACAGUGUAACUAUAUGUACAGUGUUGGGGUAAAGAGUGGAGUGAUGUGGGUCUAAUUUAUUUAUUUAUGGAAUCAGCUCUCAGCGGGAUCAGGUGACGAACAUGUCCCCAGUAUUAUCAGUGAAUAAGUGUUUAGGAAAUCCAAAAAUUGUGGGACAUUGACAGCAUUACAAUUUCCUCUGCCAUAUACCGAAUAAUAGUGUAAUGCUUUAUAAACAGCAUUAGUUAAAAGAAAUCUGGAAUGAGCCUUCAGACAAAGUAACAAUAUUUGGCCUUUCUAAAAAUUUGAAAUAAUACACACAGUUUAAAAUCAUUUGUGACAUACCAGUCUUGUUAGAGAAUCAUUACUUGAAUAUGGAGCUUUUUUUAUUGGUUUCACUUGUAUAAACGUAUUAUUACAUGUGUUCUAAUUAUUUUACUUUUAAAUUUGUCUUGGGUUAUUUACAUUUAUUUCAUUUUCUUUUGGAGAUUAAUACCAUUUUAUUGAAUUUAAUUUUGAUUCACUGGUAGUUCAGAUUUACCAGUUUCAUGAACUGUGACUUCAAACAAAGAAUAUACAGUUGUAAUCUGUAAAAAAGAGUGAUGAAAAGAAUGCUUGCUCUUUGUUGUGCACAACUCUCACUCCUCUCUAUCCACAGUCAUCUAAAUCUGAAUGUUUGUGAUCUCAUGUCAUUUUCACAAGAACUUCAGUAAGAUGUAAAAACUGCUUGACAUUGUGGAAUAUGUGUGUAUGAAAUAGCAAUACUGCAACAUUUAUUCCUUUUUAAUAAAAAAAUGCUUCGAAGUG